AUGUUGAAACUCAUCGGUGGCGGUGGCGGGCAGGACUGGGCAUGCUCAGUAGCAGGGACAGGUCUGGAAGGCAAGGAAGCCGCGUUUGAAGUCGCGCGGCUGAGGGAUUUGGGGGAGACAGGCGGCUGGGGCCCCGGCUGGAGGUGCGCGGGGAUCCCGGGUUCCGCGCCUGGGGUAGGCACGCCGGAGGCGGGUGCCGCGAGGCCGGCGGGUGGGGGGCAGGGCGUGGAGGAGGAGGGGGAGCCGGUGGGAGAAGGGGAGGAGCGCCCGGCUCGCCAUCCCCCGGCGCUGGCUCUGCGGCUGCUGAAUCGGAAGCUGAAGGGAGGAUCCGGGGAAAUAAGGACGCCCGAGAAUGACCUCCAGCGAGGCCGCCUGAGCCGGAGCCCGCGCGCUGCCCCUCCAGCCCCCAGCAUGGACGUCGGCGGCGGGCAGCCAGAGCGCUCAGCCCCUCAUGCUCUCAGCACCCCCACCGGCGCUGCCGCCGUGAACGGGCUGCUGCACAACGGCUUCCACCCGCCACCCAUCCAGGCGCCGCGCCUCUGCAGCCGGGGCCCCGCAGCCGGCGGCGACGCGGCGUCCCCGCGCCUCCCGCUCCUGCCCGAGCUCCAGCCGCAGCCGCCGCCCCCUCAGCACGACUCCCCUGCCAAGAAAUGCCGGCUGCGGAGGAGGAUGGACUCGGGGAGGAAGAACAGGCCGCCAUUCCCAUGGUUUGGCAUGGAUAUCGGUGGAACACUGGUUAAGUUGGUCUACUUUGAACCAAAGGAUAUUACAGCUGAAGAGGAGCAAGAGGAAGUGGAGAACCUCAAGAGCAUCAGGAAGUAUUUGACUUCUAAUACCGCUUAUGGGAAAACUGGGAUCCGAGACGUCCACCUGGAACUGAAAAACCUGACCAUGAGUGGGCGCAAGGGGAACCUGCACUUCAUCCGCUUUCCCAGCUGUGCAAUGCACAGGUUCAUCCAGAUGGGCAGUGAGAAGAACUUCUCCAGCCUUCACACUACUCUCUGUGCCACAGGAGGUGGGGCUUUCAAAUUUGAAGAGGAUUUCAGAAUGAUUGCUGAUCUGCAACUCCAUAAACUGGAUGAACUGGACUGUCUGAUUCAGGGCCUGCUUUACGUCGAUUCUGUCGGCUUCAAUGGCAAGCCAGAAUGUUACUAUUUUGAAAAUCCCACAAAUCCGGAAUUGUGUCAAAAAAAGCCGUACUGCCUUGACAAUCCAUACCCUAUGUUGCUGGUUAACAUGGGCUCGGGUGUCAGCAUUCUAGCAGUGUAUUCCAAGGACAACUAUAAAAGAGUUACAGGGACCAGUCUUGGAGGUGGAACAUUCCUAGGCCUAUGUUGCUUGCUGACUGGUUGUGAGACCUUUGAAGAAGCUCUGGAAAUGGCAGCUAAAGGCGACAGCACCAAUGUUGAUAAGCUGGUGAAGGACAUUUACGGAGGAGACUAUGAACGAUUUGGCCUUCAAGGAUCUGCUGUAGCAUCAAGCUUUGGCAACAUGAUGAGUAAAGAAAAGCGAGAUUCCAUCAGCAAGGAAGACCUCGCCCGAGCCACUUUGGUCACCAUCACCAACAACAUUGGCUCCAUUGCUCGGAUGUGUGCGUUGAAUGAGAAUAUUGACAGAGUUGUGUUUGUUGGGAAUUUUCUCAGAAUCAAUAUGGUCUCCAUGAAGCUGCUUGCAUAUGCCAUGGAUUUUUGGUCCAAAGGACAGCUAAAAGCUCUCUUCUUGGAACAUGAGGCUUAA